AUGUUCCAACAACAGGCUCAAGAGUACCUCGCAAAUAGCUCAUGGGAAUUAGGGUCCGCAAUCACUGAAUACUUCAACCGCGCCGAGGGAAUAGAUGAAGAGGCUCAGGCUCCAGACGCUUCAAACCCUCCAUCGUCAGCUCCACAGCCUAUGCCACCUUCUUCCCGCGGGUUUCUGUCCUCACCCGCAACGCAAGCGCCAAAGAAAAAGUUCGCCACACUGGGAGACCUGAGCGGAGGCCGGGGGCCUGGUCAUGCUGGUCACGGCCACGGCGGCGGUAAUGACGAUGACGAUGAUGCGCGUGGUCAGGGGUGUCGAUUCUUCUUCUGCAAAGUAUAUUUAUUGUUGAAUUCCUUGCAAAUUGGUGUUGCUGAACCGGAUGAACCUUUCGCGGACAAAGGUGAUCGUUACUAUGUGGAACGAGGAAACAUGAACCUAGGGAUGGGCAGUCCAUACCCAUUUCCAAUGAUGGCUCUUGCGGCUCCUGUGGCUCCCUACACCGAGACCCCAGUCCAUGAACUUGUUUUGUCUAAUAGUAAACCGGCAGAAUUUUUGGCUAUUCGGGAAACUGAAGAUUUUAAGAAAUUGGCAUUCAUCUAUCGGUCCAAUCAAGAUGCAAUGGAUGAAGAUUACAUUGACAAACAAGCCCACGUCAUUCAACCUACAGACAUCUGCCAUGAGACGUGUAACGCUGAGUCGGCUAUUGCCGUCUACUAUGUUGGCCAAGGAAGCGGCCACAGAAGUGGAGAGGUGAACAUACCUAUGCUCGUGAGCAGAGAUGGCUCCAUCACACAUGAAUGGACGAUUCUUAGCUCAGAGUGGCAGCAUAUAUCAUCCUCGGACGUUGUAGGAGAUUCUGGAGCUUGGGUGAUUCGAAAACAUGGCAACAGGCUUAUGGGCCAGGUACUUGCUUACAGCGCUGGUCAAGUGCUUUUCACCCCUAUCGACGUCAUCUUUGCCGACCUCAAAAACCAUUAG